CGUUUUGAUGCCAUCUAACUAGCCAGGAACGGUAGACAAAAUGGCGUCGUCCGGGCCGCACGUGCAGGCAAAGUUCUUCACAAAACAACCCCAGUUUACCGUUAGCGAGGACGUCUUCUCCGUCCCUGCGACCGUCACCACUCUAGAGCUGAACGAUCUCAUCAACGGGCUCCUGAGUUCUGCCGAUGGCGACGGGGAAAGCUUGCGGAGGGAGUUCGACUUUUUGGUCGAGGGCGAGUUCCUGCGCUUACCUCUCAACACGCACAUGCAGAACAAGGGGUUGACUGCAGAACGAGUCGUGUCUAUAGAGUUCUUGUUACGGCAGCCAGCACCAGAACCAAGCACAGCUAUCCAACAGGAAGACUGGAUAAGCAGCGUUCAAGGUAACAGAGACAGUAUCCUGUCUGGUUCCUAUGAUUCCACCGUCCAAGUAUGGACCAGAACAGGUCAGAGACUGGUCUCGGGAACUGGACAUACAGAGCCGGUCAAGGCGGUGGCAUGGGUCAAACAGGAAGCAACUGGUGGGCAGUUCCUCAGUGCCUCACAGGACCAGCUCAUAGUCCUGUGGGACUGGAAUAGGGAGGGUGGAACUGCAGUACCAAGCCUGUGCUGUAGGGGGCAUGCUCGCAGUGUGGACUGCUUGGCCACCCACCCGACUGCAGACAAGUUUGCAAGUGGCUCCUGGGACAAGAUGAUAAAACUCUGGUCCCUGGGUGAUGCAGAGGAGGAGGAGGAGGAAGAGCGUGCACGAGGCAAGAAGAAAGCAAAGCAGGAGCAGCUUGGACCGACAAGAACGCCACUGAUGACUCUACAGGGGCACAGUGAAGCUGUCACUUCAGUCACCUGGGUCGAUGACAUCACCUUGUGCAGUGCAUCAUGGGACCACACCAUCCGGACGUGGGAUGCAGAGGCUGGCAUUCCAAAAGAGACAUUAACAGGGUCCAAGGCCUUUCACUCCAUUGCGUACUCCAGUCUCAGCCACCUGCUUGCUUCUGGUAGCUCGGACAGACACGUUCGCCUCUGGGACCUGAGAAGUCAGAAGGGCGUGUUGGUGGAGUCCACACUCACAGCACACCAAGGAUGGGUUUCUGCUGUAGCCUGGUCCCCGACGAACCAGUACCACCUCACCUCGGCCUCGUACGACAAAACGCUGAAGCUUUGGGACACGCGCAGUCCACGAGCACCACUGUACAACAUGUCAGGGCACAGGGAGAAACUACUGUGCGCAGACUGGUCCAUUCCAGAUCUGUUGAUUUGUGGGGGGGCAGAAAAGCAACUGUGCACAUUCUCUUACUCUGACCAGCUGAGCAGUAUGCCUGACAGGCAACAGGGAAACUAGAGAGAUACUAAUACAAUAGUAAAGAAAGCAAAAAGAACAGUCCAGAGGCACUCGUGGAAGGAGAAAAACCUUUAACUUUCCAUCUCUAAUGUUGUCUGACGUAUCUAUAUUGUCUACCCAGAAAAAAUUAGCCAAAUUUUAUGUUAAACUGUUCCAGUCAUGUACCAGCUAUACAUGCUGUCAUUCAUGCCCUUAAAAUCCUUUUUUAGUAUACAUGUAUAUUUUUUUUAGAACUAUCACUUCUAAUUGCUUUAAUUAAAGCUAGUAUAGAUAUCAAAUACAGAGACCACAAACAUGAGCUGAAGUCAGCAGUUUAAUCAAAUUCAUUUCAGCAUGCCAAGUGUAUCCUAAGUUUAAGUCUGUGAAAACUGAUUGGAAUGAUAAUUGUUGUCUGUUUCCUUAGGAUUGUGGUACCGCAUACAUAGCAUACGUAGGUUAAUAUAACUUUCAAGAAAAAGUUAUUUAGGAAGUUGAUAAUAUUAGUGGGAUUUCAUUUUUACCAGAGGUUUUAAGUUUGAAAAAAACUCAUCUACAUAGAGGCUGUGUGGCUAGCCAAAGCCUCUUGUAGCAAAACUCUUCUGGUAAAUUAUUCUGCCUAUGAUGGCCAGUUGUCACAGACAAUAAGCUCCAGGUACCUGUACCUGAAUUUCCUGUACCGGUACCCACCCCUACUCAACAUUACAACCUGCACAGAUGAGCUUUAAUUGGCCCUUAACUAUAUAGAAAUGUUCAUACUGAAUCAUAGUAAAUCAUAGACAAAAAACUGUGUAUUGCUAUCUUACUAGUAAUAAUCUUAAUAGGGUCUAGAGUUCUGUAGACAUACUAAAUGGUUUUCCAUUUCCAUCCAAAA